AGAAAUGUUCUCUGAAGGCAGGGCACACCAUGGUUUGUGGUAAAUGCCUCACCCCAAGCGUCUUUCCACCAUCUAAUCAUUCACUUAUUUGGGGGUUAAAGAGCAGAAAUUAAAUCCUACAGGGAUCCUCUCUAAGGUUCUCAAAGUUUAUGAUUAGGAACUGAUACGUUUAAUAAAUGAGAGCAUGUCUUAUCAUGAAUGGUCAGUGGUGUAAAAGGCUUUUGGGGAUUACGUUCGUGAUCCCAAACAUCACCGUGAGGUGGAUGUCCCAAAUAUGGAGAACAUGGGGCAAAGAUUGGAUAUCGCAGAAAUUUCCCAGGAUUAUUGGAGAUUGCUGGAGAGAGAGAAAAAAGAGAGGAAGGGAGUUAAAGAGAAAGAGAGAGAGUGGUCCAGCUGCCAUCCCUGGGAUUUCCCUAAUCUGGAGUUACAUGCCCUGUUGGAUGGAUUAAUGUCACCCAUUUUUUCCUCAUGUAACAAACCAACCAAGACACACAUUUCAUGUAUGACACCAGUGUUUGGAUUAGUCUGAUCUGGUUUGUGUUGUGUGCACCUCAACGAGGGUGCUCACUUUGCUCGUUGGUUGGAGUUAUGCGGAUACCCUACACAGGAUAUUUAUUCCCCACUGUUGGAUUAACAAUGGCCAGACGUGUGAAGAAUAUGCUACUAUGUAAAGGUAUGGGUCGCUUUUUUAUUUGAUUACUUUUUGUUUGAUUUUGGGAUUAUAUCAGGGCAAAUUGAGCAUUGGGAGACAUCUACUGAUGAUUCUUUUCAGUAGAGACUUGAAAAACAAGUGAGCAAAGGACUUUUUCCAUUUUUAUUUGUCCCCUGCUUUAUUUUUGUGGAGAUUAUUCUUAUUUUGUCAAAGCUGAGGCUAAGCAUGGACUGCAUUUGGAUCGUACAAAUCUAAGAAGCAUGCCGGAAAUUGGGACUGGAAGGUUUAAACCAUCUUUCUAAUGGAGAUAGCCAACCUCUUGUUUGUGGAUUAAUGCAUCCAAUCCUCAAUGUGGAACUAUAACUAAACCAUGGAUACAAUUAAAGAACCAGAGAACUAAAUUGGACUUGAGCACUACAUUUUUAAUGACUCAACCCAAGGGUCUUAACUGUGAAAGAAGAGAUGGAUUGCCAACAGCCAUGAUAAAGAAUUACAUUCUCCUUGGAAUGAAAGCAACGCUUCUUUGUUAAAAAAAAAACUGGAUUACUCUUACAGAACAUCUUUACUCCUGAUGUACUCUGGUCAAAUUUUUUAAAAUGUAUUUUGCUGCACAAAAGGAGUUCGACUACUUCAUGACAGUGGACGUUCAGGACUUCUCCAAAGAGGGUGCAAGACCUUUUUUUUUAGCGUCAACCUUUUUUUGAGGAUUUUACUUUAUUAAAGAUGAGCUCCUGGAUUUCAGUACUUUAUUGGACUUGAAUGCAACACCCUUUUCUGCUCAACAUGUGUCCAAAUGGGUACAUUAAUUAGGACAUUUUCCAGCCAAUGAAACAGUUGGAUUCAUGUUUAUUUGUAAUUCUACAAUGGACAGUCCAGCUGGUCUGACACGAAGUCCCUGACAUGAAGAUGAGGAUUAUACUUUGAAACCUAAACAUUUGUUCUCCAGAUUAUUUUUUCUCCUCCACUCAACAUUUUUUGUCCAGUUUUUGCUCACAAAGUUCAAUCUCCCUAAAUUGUAUUUGGAAUUAUAUGUCAACUUACCACUCUCUCAAAAGGACUGCUGAAAGUCGGGAUAGGGCAUAUGAUCACGGUGCCUAUGGACAUCACGAGCGUCCUGGUAGCAGCUUUGACCGUCAGAGGCACUAUGAAGCAGACUAUUAUCGUGAUGCAAGGGAGAGGACUCUAAGCAGCGCUGGAAGUGGGUCUGGCACCUCCAGUGGAAGUACAACGGUGCCCUCAGGAGUCAGUGGAACUAUAGUUAGCGCUGUUGCUGGGACUGCUGGAGCUGGUGGAUCAGCUGGUGCACCGACAGGAGGCAGCGGAGGAUCGGCAACCAGCGGGGUUGGUUUCUUUCGCUCCCACAGCAGGAGCCCAUGUCGCUUUGAGACUCCAGAACCUCGCUACGAGUCUCGCACCAGAGAACCAUUUACCCUGGCCAGUGUGGUUCACAGGGACCUUUACCGGGAAGACCGAGGACGGCGCGGGGACAGGUCGUACCGCCAAAGCCAUAGCCGCUCUCCACAUUCGACACAUUCUCGAAACCCCUCUCCUCAGAGACUGGUGAGUCAGGCUACCCGUCACCCUUGCUCCCACAGCGGGUCCGGCUCCCGUAGCCGCUCCUCCAGUUCGGACUCGGCCAGCAGUACCAGCAGCAGCACAAGUGGCAGUGAUUCAAGCAGUAGCUCGAGCGAUGACUCUCCAGCACGGUCAGUGCAGUCUGCUGCUGUCCCUGCACCCUCAGCUCUUCCUUUAUCUUCCUUUGACAAGGACGAACCGCGCAAAAGCUUUGGCAUUAAGGUCCAAAAUCUUCCUGUGCGCUCCACAGAUACCAGCCUAAAGGAUGGUUUGUUUCAUGAAUUUAAAAAACAUGGAAAAGUCACAUCAGUUCAAAUUCAUGGAGCUUCAGAGGAGCGCUAUGGGCUUGUCUUUUUCCGCCAACAAGAAGACCAAGAGAAAGCACUUGGAGCGUCAAAAGGGAAACUUUUUUUUGGAAUGCAAAUUGAUGUCACAGCCUGGAAUGGCCCAGAGACAGAAAGUGAAAAUGAGUUCCGACCCUUGGAUGAGAGGAUCGACGAGUUUCAUCCUAAAGCUACACGGACAUUAUUCAUUGGUAACCUGGAGAAGACCACUACUUACCAUGACCUGCUAAACAUCUUUGAACGCUUCGGGGAAAUUGUAGAUAUUGACAUUAAGAAGGCAAAUGGAGCACCACAGUAUGCCUUUCUACAAUACUGCGACAUUGCUAGUGUCUGCAAGGCCAUAAAGAAGAUGGAUGGGGAGUAUCUUGGCAACAACAGAUUAAAGCUGGGCUUUGGAAAGAGUAUGCCAACAACGUGUGUUUGGUUAGAUGGAUUAUCAUCUAACACGACAGGGCAGUUUCUUACUCGUCAUUUCUGUCGCUAUGGACAUGUUGUCAAGGUUGUAUUUGACAGGAUAAAAGGAAUGGCCCUUAUUCUGUAUAACAACAUUGAAUAUGCACAAGCUGCAGUGAAAGACACAAAAGGGUGGAAGAUAGGUGGCAGUAAAAUUAAGGUUGACUUUGCAAAUCAGGAAAGUCAGAUGACUUUUUAUCGUUCAAUGCAGGCAUCUGGGCAAGAUAUGAGAGACUUUUAUGACUUUCUCUCAGAAGGAAGGGAAGAUCGGCGAAACCAGUAUGAGUUUCAAGCUGAAAGACAGUAUUAUGAGAAUGUGCGAACAUCUGGAACAUUUACCGAAGAUCCACGACGUAAAUACCCUGCAAGAAGUCGAGAGUUUUAUGCUGAUUGGGACCCAUAUCAGGGAGAUUACUAUGACCCACAGUACUUUGAAGACCCUCGAGAAUACAGAGAAUACAGAGCUGACCCUUAUGAGCAGGACAUUCGUAAAUACAGCUACUUGCAACGGGAACGUGAACGAGAAAGGGAGCGCUUUGAAACCGAUCGUGGACGAGAUCAUGGAAGAAGGACCAUUGAGCGGAGCCAAAGUCCAUCUCACAUUUCCACUCGUCGUCCUGUCAGCCCCACCGCAUCUCCGUCACUUUCUGAGAGAAUACCAAGUGAUUCAGACCGCCGAAUUUGUUGUCAGUCAUCUGAAAGAAGUGGAAGUUGCAGUUCAAUUUCCCCCCCCAGGUUUGAAAAACUCGAAAAAGCUCGCUCGGAAAGAUUUGUUAAAGCUGAAAAUCUUGACAAAGAUCGAAGUUUUGAGAUUGAAAGGGGGAAUCUGGUGGAAAAGGAGAAGAGAACCAGCCGGAAAGAGAAAGAAAAACAGAGGCUUAAGAAGCUCAAAGUUACAUCACCCACUCUCCAGACAUGUGAGACAGAACCUGAACUUGAAAGAGAUGCUAGUCCAGAGGCUGUUCAGCGAGGUAAGGCUAGUAAAAUUCCAAAGGAAAUUUUGAAAGGAAGGCUUGACCUUCUGCCUUGUGUUGUUCAGUUAACACGAGUUAAAGAAAAAGAAGGAAAACUGAUCGGUCAUGUCUUUCAAGAAAAACAAAUACCAAGAGGUGACAGUCCUAGACUGGCAUCACCUACAGCCGACCAGAGGAGCCCUUCAUUCCGCUCUGAAUCAAUGAAAGUUGACAAGCAUGGAAAGAUGCCAAGAGAUAAAAAUAUGCACAAUUCAUCUGAGAUUGCUGAAAAAGAUGGUAAAAUCAAAUCCAAAAAGCAUGUGAAAUCUGAUAUUGAAUUUGAAAAUACCGUUUCUGUGGAAGUUGAUCGUUUAGCUGCAAGAAAAAGGCGCUUUGAAGAUUUUGGAAGAACGGAUCGACAAAAAAGAGCAAAUGAAGAGGACUCCGGUAGACCUGGACUCUACAAACUCUGCAACAAUACAAAAGAGACAGACGCAGAAAAAAGCCUUUUGAUAAGAGGAAUACAUAAAAAGGAACACCACAGAGAAAAAUAUAUCCGAAUGGCUUUGAUUAUUAGUCCCAAAGAUGGACGAGACAGUGAAAACAACUCUAUAGAUCUUCCUUUAGAGGGACAGUCUCAUAAUGAAGAGCUACAAGAAGAUCUUACAGCCCAGAUGAAGUCUCCCGUUAUUAAAAUGGAUUUGGAAGGCUCAAAAAGUGAAAAUGGCUCCAAUUUGCCAAAUAUUUUAGAUGACACCAACCUUGAUAUGGAGGAAUUAAAAGAACAAAAUCAGAUUUUGUCUGAAAAUGAAUGUGGGAGAGGAAAGUGCAAAGACUUUGAAGAAGAUGACCACUUAAUGAGCCUCAUCCAAUCCAACAAAAUGGAAAAGAAUCAGUGGCUCCCGUCAAAACUUGCUGAUACUGAUAAAUUGAUCAAAUCACCAAAUCAUGAAGGUGCUGAUUUUGAAAAGGAGUACAUCAUGCGUGAUGUUGGGAAACCUUUUCAAGAUAUGACUGGUGAUGACUUCUCUUUUAAAAAGAGAGUCAAACUGGAAAGUUUUGACUUUGAGUUAAUUAAAGGAAAACAAGACUUUGCUCGUUCCCAAAAAUUGAAUGAUGACAUCUACAAUUUACCUUCCAUCAUAGGAGCUGGUCAGUUUUCUGAAAAUGAGGAUGAUGAAACAGCCCAUGUUUCUUUAUCAGUCACCAAGAAGGAAAGAAAAUCCUCUCCAGCAACAGACGAAAGAUUUUCUCACACAGAAUCAAUCAAAAAUAGUUUGGGCCUGACAACCAAACAUUUUACGCCGUCUAAACAUGAGGUCCAAAAACAAAAAUCAUCCUUGCUAAGAUUUGAUGAUGAGUUAAUGCAGCAUUGGGAACAGCAGAUUAAGUCUGAUUCUUCUAGAAUGGAAAUCAAUUUCUCAACUGAUAUUUCAAAACGUGAAAGCAUCCGCAAACGCCUUAGCCAGGAUUUGGAACCUGGAGAGGUCCAGUCUGAUUCAGACGAUGAUGGAGAAAACAAGCACAUCUCUCCCAAAUCGAGCAGUUCCUUGUCUUAUAUUCUCAGGGGUUGUGAUGAGAGGAUGACAAAGCUUUCAAGCUCCUUGGAGAAAAAUAAAUUUUACUCAUUUGCUUUAGACAAAACAAUAACCCCUGAUACAAAAGCACUCCUUGAAAGAGCCAAGACUUUGUAUUCCUCCAGGGAGGAUAAUUGGUCUUUUCUCCCCUCACGCUUUCCAGCAUCCCACGGUUGUUCUGAUAAGGACAAGGCAGCGUUAGCACCUCGACCAAUUCCUUCUUGGUAUUUGAAAAAGAAAAAGAUUCGUACUAACUCUGAUGAAAAGUUACAUGAUAAAAAGGAGGAACUUAAGCCACAGGAGCAAGAACGCCAGGAAUUAUUUGCUUCGCGUUUUCUGCAUAGUUCAAUCUUUGAACAGGAUUCACGGCGAUUGCAGCAUCUUGAGCGGAAGGACCCAGAUUUAGAGACCGGAAGCAACAGGCCAUUUACCAAACCCGGCAACAUUGAUGCACAUCCUGAGUCUGGAACAGCCGAUUUUCCACAAGAGCCCAUAGUGCUUUUUCAUAGUCGGUUUUUGGAGCUUCAGCAACAAAAAGACAAGGACCAUACCUCAUCAGAGGCUGAGAAUGAUUCGUUAGAAGUGGAAAUUAAAAGACGUGAAAUUUGUAACUGUGAUGAUGAGAUUUCUGAUAAGGAAUCAGAGCCAGCAUUAAAGGCAAAUGAGAAAUCUGCCAGCCCCCCCGUAACAGUUUCAUCAUUUGUGCCUUCUCCCAAAGAAACCUCUAUACCUGAAAAGAAGGACAAUGUAAAUACAUUUUCAGAUCCUCCAGUCACUUUUGUCAAAGAUGAAGUUGAGCCAGUCCUUGAGGGACCCCCACCUGAUUCCCUUCCAAUGGAAGAUCUUGAGUCAUCAUCUCCCUCUAAGGUACUUUUACUCCCUACACCCACAAUUUCAGAAGUUGAAAUCAAAACAGACACAAAGGCAGAGGUUACUGAACCCAAAACCAAGUUUGAUGAUAGUUUGAUGAUGGACCAUGAUCCUAUUGUGGAAGAAAGCUCUCUCGUUUCUCCUGGUUUGCAAAGUGCUUUCAAAAGAGAGCAAGCAGAAUUAGCUGACUCGAACUGUUCACCAAUUGAAGAAAAACCUGAAGUGAUUAAGUUGGAGCCUAAUGUUGAAAACCAGGAAACAAAACACCACGAGGAACCACAGAAAACAGAGACAGAUAGUGAGCCAUGCAUGCCAGAACUGGAAGCUGAAGUUAAACCAUUACCUGCCCGCAGAAAACCAAAGGGUAAAAGGGCAAAGUCAUUGUCUGUUUUGCGUGCUACACAACCAGCUCACAUCGUCAGCAGCAAAAAGCCUGCAACACGAAAGAGUGAACGGAUUGAUAAAGAGAAACUCAAAAGAGCAUCAUCUCCAAGAGGAGAAGCACCCAAGCUGUUACUUGAGUCUAAAACCACAUCCAAGUCUCCAGUACAUGCGUCAGAUUCGGAACAAAUUGUUGAGUCAAGUUUAAUUUACGGGAGAACACGGAGGAGGAAUGUAAGGUCAGUCUAUGCCACACUACAUGAAGAUGAACAAGCUGGAAAAGAGGUUACAGAGUCAUCACGCUGCACACGGAAACGUGGCGCUGACAAAGAGCAAAUACUCCAAGAUGUUCAAAUUCCUACCAUUGCUAGGCGGGGACGUCCUCCUAAAAGAGGUGUAAAAAGAGCAGAAGAUAUGUCCCUUCCAAAAGGGGAUAAGAAGAAGAUGACUGAAGUAGACACAGAUGUUAGAGACACAUCGAGUACAGUGGAAGUUGUGAAAGCCUCAGAGGGAUGGCGUUCACCUCGUACACAAAAACUCCAACAAACACUAGUAACUUCACCAACGCUUGUAAACAAAAAAGGGGGUAGAAUGGACAAAUUGUCUGCUAGCAAAAUAGUGUUAGCUGAUCAGGCUGAUUCUGCUAGUAAUGAGGACUCAGACCUUAAACCUAACACUGAUUCUGAACCAUUUGGCAAGUCAUUAGAUAAGGCAGAAAACGCAAAUACAAAAGUACUCAGAAAAGAAAAUGAUUUAAAAGAGAAUGAUGAAAAACUACCUGAGGAGAACAUUGAAAAAAGAGACACCAGCUCCUUCAGACAGCAGACUGAAAAAAGUAUUAAAACCAAAUCACCAAGGUUCAAACGAAAUUCCAAGCAGGUCACUGAAGAAAAAUCCCACAGUUUAAAAAAUCUAGAAAUUAGGGUUAGUGUUGAUGAUGUAAAAGGUUUACUUCGUUCUGAACAUGUUGAGUCUGAGAGUUUUGAAGCUAACGCUGUUACAAAAACUAAGAUGGUUGUACAAGAGAAUGUGGAAACACAGAUUGCAGACUUUCCAAAAGACACCAAAGAACUUGGUCUACAGGAAAAUGAAGACACAUUAUCGGAACCAGAACUUCCUGCCGAUCCUGUUGCUGUUCUUUUAGCACGACAGAAGGAGCUUGAGCAAGCGGUUGAAAAUAUUGCCAAACUCACAGCUGACCAACAUUCUCGACCCUAUAAAGAACCCCCACCUGGGCAACCUGCUGUAUUGCCUCCUGCUGUAGUGGAACCAGAAGUUGAAGUGGAAGAGGAAAAGCGGGCUAAUCCUGCAAGUGAAACUGAACUAGCUGCUGCUAUUGAUUCUAUUACAGCUGAAGACACCUGUGGGGAUGCAGAUGGGUUCCCAACUCCACCGACUUACACUGCACUUAUUCCUACCCCUGAGUCUGUAAUAUCCUCUACUUCGUCCUCAAAUGACAUUAUGGAACCUGAAACACAUAUGGUGAUCAAUAAUAUUCUUGCUGGAAAUUUAGAUGAAGAUUCUCAGACAAGCCCAAAAGGGUCAAUGUUGGAGUCUAAAUUAGAUGACGAUCCCAUUCCACUUGAAACACCUAAGAAAGCAGUUAAAGUUAGAGCCAAAACUCCAAAGAAGUCCAGAAAUCGUAAAAGUGCCAUUAUCAGAAAAGGGGAUACUGAUGAUGAGGCCUCUCAGUCUGAGCACUCGCCCGUCAAGUUUCCCGAGUCAAUCCCAGAUGAUCCAGAAACCACUGAUUCUAAAGCAGCUACUGUUACAGCUGGAAUGACAGCAGUAGCUUCUGUUGUUACAGCUGUUGCAACUUGUAGACGGGAUGUUACAAGUGCUAUGACUGUAGACAACCCCAAAGAGGCAGAACAGCCUGAAGUAGAACAACCUGUACCUAAAGAAUCUGCUUUUCAUUUAAGUACCAACAACAACUCUGACUUGAAAAAGCAACUCCAAACAGCAAAGCCAAGUACUCCAACCAUCAUCUCUGCUCAUCCAUCCCCAGUGUCCCAAUUCAGCCUACCGCUGCUGCGACCGGCCAAAAUGCCACUUUCACCUAACUGGUCACAGAGGUCUGAAGAAAGCAGAAUUUAUGCUAAUGCUCCAUGCCAUGUCACAGUGGUAACUCCCACUGUCACUCCAUCAACCACUCUUGGAAACCCUUCAUCAAAUCCCCCAAUGCCCCCUGACACCAAGGCCUCUGAUAUUGAUUCCAGUUCCAGUACUCUGAGGAAAAUCUUAAUGGAACCCAAGUAUGUAUCUGCAUCAAACAGCAAUUCUACACCUAGCACUAUAGUCACAUCUGCCCUGUCAGAUCUUUCACGGACAUCAGAGAAUGAAAAUCCUACCAAAACCAGUAGUUCAAGACUGCAACAUUCUGAACAGCGUCCACCAUUAAUACCUCAGCCUGUACACCAUAAACCAUCUCCACUGACUGAAUCCCAACAGAAUUGUGGAGAAAAGACACAGCAUACAGUUAUUUCUCCUGCUACCUCAGUAAUAAGUCGAAUUCCAAUGCCUUAUGAUACAGAGGAAACACCACGGAUUACUCUAAGCAACAGAAGCAUUGGCCCGCUCAUUCCAAAACAAAAAUUUAGAUUAAACUCAAAUGAGAAUAACCGCUGCCAUGGUGUAGAUAUUGUAGAAGAUGGCGCAAGAGGGCGCUCAAUUGUUGAACCCACUCCUUACCAUUCAGGUUCUAGUCCUGGACUAAGGGUCAAUACAUCUGAGGGUGUCGUUGUUUUGAGUUAUUCUGGUCAGAAAACUGAAGGGCCACAUAGGAUGAGAGCCAAAAUCAGUCAGAUUCCUCAGGCUAGUGCUGGUGAUAUAGAGUUUCAGCAAUCUGUGUCCAAAUCUCAGAUAAAGCAAGAACCGCUCAUCUCAUCAUCCCAUUCGCCUACACCUAAAGUUGCACCAACUCCUACAGGUUAUGGGCACACUGGGGUCCUUUUGACUGGCCAAUCCUAUAAUGCUCAGCCUGUAAUUUCUAGCAUCAAACAGGAAGUUAUUGGCUGUGACAAAUCAGAAGCUCCAUAUCAUACAUCUUCUCAGGGUGUGGUAAAGAUGUUCCAGCCACCAGUUAGUUCCCCUCAAGUUUUAAUGUACAACCAAGCUGUUAUUCAGCAACAGCAUAGCAAGAGAGGACUGGUGACAGACCCAUUGCCUAAAAAAAUGGACAUGAGUAAUACUGUUCAGCAGUCUAACCUAAGCCCAGUCAUUAGUCCACACCAUCCAUCGAUAUCUGGAACGUGUAUGAGUCCUAGCCCUGGAAUCACAAAUGAUCGGUCAACGCUGCACCUCAAGCAAGAAUCCCAGUCUCCACGAACAGCCGGCCAUGCUUCCUUACCCUUUGUCAAAAACUGUCCACCAAGCAGCUCACCCAUCGGAAUUUCUGUUCUCAGUCACAGCAUGCCACCAAUGCCCACGUACCAUUCCAGUUUGCAUCACUCACAUCCAGAGCAGUCCUCUGUCAUAAUUCAGCCUCACAGUGUCACUCAGUCAAUGGUGCAUGAGGCCAGAAUGAACAACCCACCUAUAUCUGGACUAAACUACCGAAGACGUGGAGACUCCCUGUCCUCUCCACAUCAGGGGUCUGCAAAAUGCUCCAGCGCACCGCAGCCUAAUGUCAUUCGAGAUAUCAUACUGCAGUCUCGUUCGAGUCCCCAAACUUCAGUGUCAGGUGGUGGUGGCGGUGGUGGCAACGUUGCAAGUGAAGAGGAACCUAAACAUUUUAACCAUGCUCUCGGUAGACCUUCAGUUCCCCAUCUUCAUUCAGAUGCAAUGAGGGUUCACGGUGAUCCCAGAGGACUUCAUCCAAGCAUGCGUAUGGAUCAGUACAGAGACAUGCACCAACGCAUACUCAUGCACCAGCAACUAGGAGAACAAGCUGCUUUGGAAGCAAGACAGUCCCGCAACUCAGAGACUCCAGCAACAUCUUCAAGCAACAUCUCUGGACCUUCAAAAAGUCCUGUAAUGGGAAAGAGCAUUGAGCUUUCUGCAAAUGAGCCUCUCAAACCUCUUGAAGGAAAGCUAAUGCAUCCAACAAACAGUGAAAGUAGAAUAAGAGUAUCUGCAUCUAGUCCCAUCAUUAUGCCUUCUCACCCUCAUGGGGUUCAGCUGAUGCAUCCAGGAGGAGCAGGCUCCUUCCCAGUAUACCGGGACAUACGGGGUUUCCCAUCCCAGUUUUCAGGACACAACCUGACUAACCCGGGAAUUGCAUCUUCAAAGAUCCAGCAGGAACAGGAUCUGGGUAAUAGAGGAAAAAUGUCUCAGUCACAUGUCGGAGGAAGUGAUUCCACCGCUGAGAGUUCCCAUCAUCACCAUGCUACCUCUUCAGAGCCAUCCCACAUUUCUCGAAUCACAGGUGAAACGGUCUCGCCUUCAUACCAGUCUCCUUUGAUGUCCCCAAUGGGCCUCAAUCACAAGCCUGAUCUAUCUCUACAAAAAGGCCCCUCAGCAUUCCUUCUUACUCCACCUCCAACAGCAACACCAUCAAGUUCACAGCAGCCACGACACGAUAUGAAGCUGGAACAUUCAGGACACCGGCCGGUUGACAUGGUGCAGCUUUUAACGAAAUAUCCUAUAGUAUGGCAAGGUCUCCUGGCACUGAAGAAUGACCAGGCUGCCGUCCAGUUGCACUUUGUUUCUGGCAACACCAUGCUGGCUCAGCGUUCCCUGCCGCCUCCAGAAGGAGGUUCUCUUCUCCGUAUUGUCCAGAGGAUGAGGCUUGAGGCUUCCCAGUUGGACAGCGUAGCGCGCAGAAUGACCAUGGAAAAUGACUACUGUUUGCUACUGGCUCUGCCCUGUGGCAGAGACAAAGAAGAUGUCCUUGGUCAAACAAAAGCCUUGAAAAGUGGCUUCAUCACCUACCUGCAAGCCAAACAGGCAGCUGGCAUUAUCAAUGUGCCCAACCCUGGCUCUAACCAGCCAGCUUAUGUGGUGCAAAUUUUCCCACCGUGUGAAUUCUCGGAGAGCCAUCUGUUGCGUCUGGCCCCCGACCUUCUCAACAGCGUCUCCAGCAUUUCGCCUCACCUCAUGAUUGUCAUUGCUUCUGUUUGAUUACCUCUGUUUUGGUCCUAAACAAAGCCAACACCAGCCCUUUUGAAAUCUACCAGUUAGAAAACUGGAAUUGCCUCAUUUUUACGAGUUUUACUUUAGAAGUUCUCAUUUGUCUUGGACUCACCUUUCGUCUUUCACAUCACCAAGUCCUUAAAUCACCCAGUGAUGAAGAUUUCCAAAAACUCUUUCUAAACAGGAUGUGAAAACUCAGUUGGGGAUUUUUGAUGAUUGUUGCAGAUUGCAUUUGUUUUUGUUUUGUUUACUGGAGGUGUUGUGCAUAACUUUUUAUAACUCAUAACAUUCAUGAAGCUGUGGAUGAAGACAUUCUGAUGGGAUAUUUUUUACCUUCAUAAAAGUGUUUGUUAUUCUUUUUUCCUUUUUGUUAAAAAAAGACUAUGUGAAAAGUCAUUGCACUAUGUUAAGAAAUAAUCCUGAACUCUGUACAGAUUUGAGUAUAAAUUAAGACAUGUCAUGGAUUUAUUCUAGUGAUCACUCACGCGUGUGCUAAAGAAAUUGUAUUGUCUUUAAAAGGAUAGAAAUGCAUUUCAGCUUCAUCAAUCAUAUCGCUUGUCCUGCUUCACCUUUUGCAAAGUUCCACGCCAUCCUUGGAUACGGUCGUGAAUCGUUCCCCUACCCAGGAACCUCCUGAUGGGACUUUCAAGAGUUUACCCUCAACGCCUCAAAAGGGGAUGGAAAAAUAUUAUUUGAUUUGUUGUUUUUUAUUUGCAUUUUCCUUAAGCCUAUUGUGAAAUUGUAAAUAUUAUAAAUAUUGAAAGACUGAAGCAAAAUGGAGAGACCAAGCAGAUUAUUUUAGAAGACAAAUCAUGAAACUUAUUUCUUUAUACUUGUUCUUUAUGUUUUUCUCAGUUUUUAUUUAUUGCUUUGUUUACUUUUACUUUGAACCGAGAAGAAUGUGGAAUUGUGGCAGGAAAAAUUGCAAGAUAAUAAUUUUUUUUGUGCCAAAUUGUCUUUUGCAAAAGCUCAACAUGUGCAAGUUUGUUAAACUACAUGCAAUCAGAACCUAUUUUCAUAUUGUGUCAUUUCCAUUCAAAAGGCAGACUUCAAGUCUUUGUUGUUUACCAACAUAAUUCUGUGUCUACAGAUUUUUUUACAUAAUGAUUUUUUUUAAAGAAUUUUUAUAUUGUGAAGGGGGUGCAUUUUUGUUCCUGUUUCCUGUUGUCAUUGCCACUCGUGGUACCAUACUGCCCCCUGUCGUCUGAUUUUUAUUUUGUACUGAAAACUUGCAUACUUAGUAAAUCAAUCAUGCCACUACUUGGUAUCAGAUGUUAAAGCAGCAUGUUUUAUUUUGAAAUCCUAAAAAGUAAAGUAGGAUCACAAAGGUAAAAAAAUGUGACUUAAACUUGACAUCAGGCCGCUAAUGGAUGUGCUGAUUAUUUGUCUCCAUCAUUUCCUUUAACUUUCCUCGAGCCAAGCUGUAAAUACUGACAUCCUUGAAAUGUCAUCUUGUGUAUUUUCCUCCUGUCUUUUAAUCUUAUUUUCCCAGGGUCCUUAUUUCUGUUUUCUGCAACAAAAAAAGCAGUCUUGACAAGAGACAGAAAACGAGGUGUGUGUGUGUGUGUGUGUGUGCGUGCGUGUGCGUGUGUGUGUGUGUGUGUGUGUGUGUGUGUGUGUCUGAGAGAGAGAGAGAGAGAGAGAAAAACCGAUGCUGAAAGUAAAAUCAUGCUUGUCAGUUUACUGGUGUAAAUAUUUCUGACUGCAAGCUGAAAACGCUCAUGGUGAUGUUGAAGGCACUUUUAAUUUUUGAUAUACGAAUGGGAAAAAAGAGGAAAAAGGUCUUUAAGCAGUGAUUCAUAUGAAAAAUGUUCUUUGAUCAAUCUUCAUUUUGAGUGUAUUUUGCUGUUCCUCCAUGAGGACAUUUUAAACUGUAACAUAAAUGGUUGUUUAACUUACUUCUGAAGAUCAUUAAAUGGUCCAUAACUCUG